AUGGGCAGUAGCGAUGCCGAAAAACGCAUCCUCAGACUUAGACAGAAAUUGGCAAAGCCCUUCGAGUCAGACAAGAGAGCAUACUCGGUGAUAAACGAGCUUAAGAAUCUCAAUGUUAAAGGGAAGACCAUCAAAGAAGUCAGGAUUAGGGACCAUCUCAAGAAUUUUCUGAGAAACUACGAGAGGAAGCUUGAGAAAAGGACGAUCGAACGCGCCAAAGAAGUUCUUGCUCGUUUCAAAGAAAUUCAAACACGAUUUGAAGAGAGAAGAGCAUUCGGUUCUGACUCAAGCUCCGAUGAAGAAGAAACUCGCCGUCGAAAGUCGUCAGGUUCUGACUCUGAAGAUGAUGGUGAUGAUGUUCCAGUGAAACAACCCCCUAAGAAACUCCGGGGCUUCUUCAUGGACGACGACGACGACGACGACGACGCCGGCGAAGAUGACGACGAGGACGAGCUGGAAGAUCUAAUCGACGACGAAGCGGACAUGAGCUACCUAAACGGCGGCGAUGACAUAGAUCUAUAUCAAGCCUUCCCAGCUGACGACGAUGAUGAUCCCUUGGCUCUUUUGAAUAAACUUACAAGCGAAAAAGAAAACAAGAAAGAAAAAUUAUCAAAAAAGCGCCGCAGUGAUGUAAAUUACGAAAGCCAAAAACCAUCGAAGCGCGUUAAAUCGUCACACGACGACUCUCAAUUACAGAAGCAGCGACUCAAAGAGAAAGAAAAAGAAAGAGAGCGCAUCAGACGAGAAAGGGAGCGCGAAAAAUUUCUUGCAGAAGAAAAUGAAAGGAAGGCGCGAAAGAGGGAAAAGGAACGGCUGAAGAUUGAGAAGCUAAAGAGGGAAGAAGAAGAGGCCAAACGCGCAGCUGAAAAAGCGAAAAAGAAGAAGCGCAAAGAAAAGGAGCGUGCUCUAGCUGCUCAGCUAAAAACUGAGUGGAACAGUGAGUACACUCCCUCAAGCGUCAAAGCAGAACCUUCGGAAGAAUACGUUCCCUCCUUCUCAAAUUCAAAAUCGAAGAGCAAAACCUCGCGUCAGUCGAUCAAAGAAGAGUACAUUCCCCAAUCCGUCAGUAGUUCCAAGCAUACUGUAAAGCAAGAAUACAUCCCCGCACAAAGCGAGAAAAAACCAAAGAAAAAGAAAGAAAAACUGCAUGUGAAACAAGAACGCUACUCAUCACCUCCUAGACAAGCGAGCUCCUCCAAACCUAUUGACCUUUUUGGGACAGAUUCUGAAUCAGAUGGAGGAGCACCUCCUACCCCUUCACCGCCGAGAUAUAAAAAGAGUAUCAGGCCAGAACCUCGCCAAGAGAUACCAACUACUUCAAGAGUUUCGCAUAAGCCAGCAUACGAUCCAAAGCCCGAAGUCAAAGAAGAGCCAGAGGAACCGCCACUUACCAUCGCGCAACAAAUCGAAGAAAAGAAGCUUGCGAAAAAGAAAGCCGAGAAAAAACUCAAAAAAGCGAAGAACAAGACAAAUCUCGUUGCAAAAGAGGAAAUGGAAACGGAAGGUUUUUCCUUCGAAGCGAUGAUGUCGAUGAACACGGCGAAGGUAAAGAAGAAAAAGAAGGCGAAAAAACUCAACGUCGAUGAAUCAAAUGCGAGCUGCUUGCAACUUUCUGCAGCGGAUAUGAAGCGCUUGCCGAUGAAUUCUGGCGCCUCAGCUGCUGCCAAAAAGCCACCGAAAGAACUCAACGAUCGUGACGCUGCUUUUUUGGCAACGACUAGUAAGAAAGGCGGAGUGCAGGAACUACUCGCUGAACGCAGCUCGUUGAAAGUCAGAUUAGUGGCAAAGGUGUACCCUUUGAUGGAAAUUUGCCAAAAGAUGCUCACAACUCAUCCACAGUAUCUCUUGAAUUGUAUGGAUCAAUUUGUUUACGCGGCGGACGUUAUCAUGCCUGCUCUUGAACGUCUCGACGCGAAGAGUUUGAAUCUACUUGAAGAGCAUCAACCGCAUCUCGAAGAGGACACAAAUCACAUUUGGCGAAAACUGUGCAACGCAAAAUAUGGACUCGUCAGUUCGAGCACAGUCGAGGGACGCGGAGAGACAUGGAAGGAAGGCUUCAUUCGACUGACAAAUGAAAAUGACGCUCGCCUAAAAGUCCUCACGAAGAAAAUUGUCAAGAAAACGGCAAAAGACGAAGCAAAACAGUUGAAUACGAAACUUGCAUUUUGCCAUGGAUAUGUUAAGCCGCCUCCUGGUGUUAAAGUGUCGAGAACUGAUAUACGCAGCAAACGAUUCGAUGUUGAUGUUCCAGGAUAUCAGAAAUCGAAGCAUCACAGUGCUACUGUUCCGGGAAAUCUUGGAACCCCAACGUCAAAUCGACGGGACGUCGAUCACACUGGCCGAACGCGAGUAAACGUAGCUUCCUCGGCGAACAACGCGUCCAAACGCAAAACUGGCCACCUCAUGCAAAAAGCUUUACGAGGUAUCGCAAAGUUCAAACGGUAG